AUGGGCGAGAAAGUACCGGGUACCUGGACCAGACCGCGACCCGGAAGUUUAGUUUAUCCGAAAAUUUCCAUCCUCAUCGCAUCUUCAGUCGGCGCUACAACACCUGCCGUGUCUUGCUUCCCCAGACAAUUGCAGUCCAUUGUGGUCCCUCUCGGUCAUCCCUUUUGCGUAUUUGGGAUCCCCGUUCAUUCCUCCUCUCCCAAAAUUGACCAAUCCCCACCAUUCUUUUUCUUCUCCGAACGGCCGCCGGUAGAGCUUAAUUGCUGCCGUCGCGAAAUCAAGAUGUCUCUCGUCAACCUUUCUGCCGUCUGCUCCCACUUGAACAAUGCCACCAAGGCCCGCCUCGCCCUCACCUCUAUUCCUAACAGCAACCUCCACCUGAAGCUCUCCCUCGCCCUCCAAAACUCCGGCUACCUCUCCUCCGUGGUCCGCGGAGGCCCGACUCCUCCUCCAGCCCAUAGCAUCCUCGGGUACCCUGCAGCCAACGACGAAGUUGAAGGCAUUGAGCCAAUCACACGUGAUAACGUCGCAUCAAGGCGGCUGUGGCUCGGCCUGAAGUACUGGCAGAACGAGUCAGUCCUUGGCAAGAUCCAGAUGGUUAGUAAGCCCACUCGACGGGUUAAUAUCGAUGUGGAGGGACUGCGCCGAGUUGUGCGUGGUGAGGCAUCCGGAUUUGUGGCCGGAAUUCGCUCGCCGGGUGAGAGUCUGUACCUCUCUACAGACCGGGGGAUUCUAGAAGCUCGCGAGUGUGUUGAGAAAAAGCUUGGUGGGCUGGUUUUGUGCCGUGUGCUUUAA